AUGAAUAGUAGCAAAAUAAAAGUACUAAGUUUGGUUUGCUUAGUUGCUACUGGAGCAUAUUACGCUUGCACAUACAAAAAGGAAGUGAAGAGUUUGAUUGAUCAACUAUUUUUAGAUAAUAAAAAAAAAAAAAAAAAAAAAAACAAAAAAAAAAAUGGAAGGCAAAGAAAAAAUGGACAAAAUAAAUUAUCCAUACUUGAGUUAUUCAUAAAAAAAACAAAUACCCUUAUAAACUGGGAUAAUGAAGUAAAUAGUGAAUCAAACACAUCUGAUUACAUAAAACACAAUGAUAGUAGUACAUAUGUCGAUUCAGAUAAUGAUUCAUACUUUGCUGAAUAUAAAAAUAUUUCUAAUAGAAAAGAUAAAAAAAAUAAUAAGGCUCUUAAAAAGUUCAUUGAUUUUAAUGAUGAAAAAACAAGAAAACCAAAAACAUCAUCAGUAGAAGAUGUAAACACAUUAACAGAUGUUGAAGAUAUUAAUAAUACAAACGAAAGGAUGGAUUAUAAUGUAGUUCAAAUUAAAAAAAAACAAAAUAUAAAUAUUAUGAAUAAAAAAAAACAAAAUAUAAUAAAUAGCGAAGAUGAUGAAAUAAAAAACAAUGAUGAUACUGUAAUAUAUAAUAAUUUUAAUGAAAGUAAUGUAAUAAUACCAGAAAAUUAUAAUAUAUAUUUUAAAUCUUUUGGAUGUGCACAUAAUAGCUCUGACUCUGAAUUUAUGAUGGGAUUAUUAAGUAAUUAUGGUUUUCAAUUUGUAAAAAAUAUUGAUGACUGUGAUAUUUGUAUUGUUAACAGUUGCACUGUAAAAAAUCCAAGUGAAGAAAGUAUGAAAACAAUUAUAAAAUAUGUUAACAAUUUAAAUAAAUCUCGUAAUAAUGAAUAUAAAAAAACUAAUAAAAAUAAACAAAAUCAAAAAAAAAAUAUUACAAAAAAUGAUGGUUAUUUGUCAACAUCAUCAUCAGAUUGUUCAGGCAUUGAAGAUAAAAUAAUUUUUGAAAAUCUCGAUUCCCAAAAAAAAACAUCAAAUGACUGUUUAACUGAACUAAAUAAUAAUAACACACUCUGUGGAAAUGGGGAAAAUCAAAAAGAAGGAUGUAAUGAUAAUCAAAAUACUUGUGGAUGUAUUACAAACAACGAUAAGUUAUACCCCAAAACAAAAGUUGGUUGUUGUAAUGGGGAGAAUGAAUCAUUAGUUAGAAAUGAAAAAAACAAAAUCGAAGGUAUUAAUAAUGAGAUAAUAAAAAAACGUACAAGUUCUGGAAAGGAUAUAAAAAUUAUAGUGUGUGGUUGUGUUCCUCAAGCCGAAAAUGACAUGAAGAUAUUUGAAAAUGUAUCAUUGGUUGGAGUUAAUAAUAUAGAUAAAAUAGUUGAUGCUGUAGAAAAUGUAAUAAAUGGAUAUAAUGUUAAAUACUUAAAACAAUCUAAAAAAAUGACAUCUUUAAAUCUUCCAAAAAUAAGAAAAAAUAAAUUUAUUGAAAUUAUUAAUAUUAACAAUGGGUGUUUAGGAAAUUGUACUUAUUGUAAAACAAAAUUUGCCAGAGGGAAUUUAUCAAGUUAUAAUAUAAAAGAUAUUGUUAGUAGAAUAAAAUAUGUUUGUACUAAAGAUAAUAUUAAAGAAAUUUGGCUAACAUCUGAAGAUUCUGGAGCUUAUGGUAUUGAUUUAAACACAAACAUUGUGAAUUUAUUAAAAGAAAUAUUGGACUAUGUACAAGAUACUGAUGUUAUGAUAAGAAUCGGAAUGACAAAUCCUCCUUAUAUAUUAAAGCAUGUUAAAGAUAUUUGUAAAUUAUUAAAACAUAAAAAUAUGUACGAGUUUAUUCAUAUACCAGUUCAAAGUGGUAGUAAUAAUGUUUUAAAAGAUAUGAACAGAGAAUAUAAAAUUGAAGAUUUUAUUUAUUUAGUAGAUAACCUAAGAAAAUAUGUUCCAAAUAUGACUAUAGCAACUGAUAUCAUUUGUGGAUUCCCAUAUGAAUCAGAAAAUGAUCAUUUAGAAACAGUCAAUUUAAUUAAAAAAUAUAAAUUCCCAAUAUUAAAUAUAUCACAAUUUUAUCCCAGAAGAGGAACGGUUGCAUAUAAUAUGAAAAAAAUUGACACAAAAAUUGUUAAAAAAAGAUCUAGAGAAGUAACUGAUGCAUUCCUUUCAUAUCAGAAUAAUUACAAAUUUUUACAGAAUACUAUACAGAAAGUUUUAUUUACCGAAAUAUCAUCCAAAAGUGAGCAUAUUAUUGGCCAUACUAAACAAUAUGUCAAGGUUUUAUUGCAUAAUAAUAAUAGUGAAAAUGAAAACUUGUUGGGCAAAUUCGCUACUUGUAAAAUAGUUUCGACACAUAAAUGGCAUGUAAUCGCAGAAUUGGUCUGA